UCGUGUUCAGUAGUUGAAUUCAAUUCCGACAGAUCGGAUCGCAUACAAGUUCUUCUUUCAUCUCGACUGUGUCUCAAAUUGCAACAGCCGACCGCGCUUGCCGACGUUUACAGCAGAGCUCAUCGCCAGAUAUACCUUAGACUAUUCUUUGAGGCCUCUGCUUUCAAGGCUCAAUCCUUGUUUGUCCCAUUGUUUAAACGUUUUACUGUUGGAAUGAAUUCAAAUGACGAAGCAGCGGUAAGAGGAACAAAAUCUUCAUCAACUGGUAUAAGUCGAACAAGGAUGCCGUACUCAAAGACAUUAGCCCUGAUCCUCCUGGUGUCUAGCUUCUGGCAGAUGGCCCAGUCGGCCCCAACACCUCAACAAAAAGAUGCAGCUGCUGGACAGAACGACGGCGACGAUUCGGUAUUAGGUGCUGCAAGUUCGAUGGAGGCCGGAAGAGAUUACGACGACGCAACAACUGAAUUAAGGUACGGAGGAAUGUUGGAAGAACCCGUGGAGCCGCCCGAUAUCCGUAACCCAAACGGCCCACAAUCAUCACCUGAAAUCGAUCCCACUAUCUCCUCACACCAAGAAAACGCACAGCAUGCCACCUACACCACCUCGACCAACACCAAUCCUUCACUCCCAUCGAUGGUGUUGGCACAACGAAUCUUGGAACAAGAAGACCAGCCCGAUUGGGUAUUCAACAUCGUCAUCCAGAAGGAGAAAGCUUUAAAGUCGGCCUUUAUCGCCCCGGACGUCAACUGGCUGAGAGAUUUGGUGCCCAAAGUGGUCGACGUUGCCGACAAACCCGACACGUUGAUCAAGGAAACCAUUUUCAACGCUAUAGAUAAGCAGGACGUCGUCGUCAAAGCCGAUCACAUCGAAGACAGUCAAAUCUUCAUCAACGUCGUCAAGUCACAGGUCGGCUCGCAGGACGAAGUCCCUGAAAUCCUCGCCCGUCUUCGAAAUCUGAUGCAAACUGGCGGCCCAGCCGUCGAUUCGCUGUUCCAAAGACGAAACAACGGCAGUGAACCCUCAAAAAAUCGAGCCGUCGUGAUCAACGUCGUGAUUGUCAACGUGCUAAACGUGAAUAUCCUCAACGUGAUCCUGCCACAUAGUAAAGCCGUUAUUCCCGUUGUGGACGAAAAGACUGGAACCACCGACUCUGUUGUCGAAGAAGAUUCCUACAUCGUUGCUCUGAAAGAAUCUCAAAGGAAUCGGAAUAAAGUAGCCGCUUCAAGAGAAGUCAAUCCUCAUCACGGGAAGAAACUUGAACAUGAUCCGCAUUCAACUGCCGCCAGCCCUGCGGCCCAGCAACAAGUCAACGGACGUUACUUGACCGAAGAAGAACAUUCAUAUGAACCUUCUUCGACGGCUAGACCUUUGAUGGCCAUGGAAAAAGACUAUUUGAGAAGUCACGACAUCCAGCCAACACUACAACAGCUGCUGGAUGAUAAACAGCCAUCGAAAGAACAACCUCCCCAGUUCGAUCCUAAUGCUAGCCUCGAAUUCGUUAACUUGCCCAGUGGACCGUAUUUUACCAGUUCAGUUGAAAAACCCUUAGAACUUGAGGUCCUUAUUGUAGAAAAGAGCAACAAAAGUCAAACUCCUGUAGUAAAAAUCCCUGGAGUAAAAAUCGAGAAAGUAAAAGUCCCCGAAAUUAAAGUCCCUGGAGUAAAAGUCGUGGAAGUAAAAGUCCCUGGGGUAAAAGUUCCGGAAGUUAAAGUCCCAGCAGCGACUCCAAAACCGAACAACAAUCCGAGUAAAGUGCAAAAGGUAGGAAUGGUGAGUUCUAUGACAAACAGAGCCACCAAUGUCAUCAGAAAUCAAAUCAGAACGAUUGGCUUCUUCGGUAUUCCACUGUUGGCCGGUCUGGCUGGCACAGCGAACACUUGGCUGCCGGCCAUGAGCGCGCUCGGGCGUCGCAGAAAGAAGAGAUCCACCUUGGGAUACGAGGAAUACGAUGAGUGGCAGCCCAACCGUAAAGUGGUUAAUAUUGAUGACCGCAGACGGGCCAUAGAAGAUGCCCAAGUGCUGGCCCUAUUGAUGGGCAAGCGCUACAUGAACGUCAGUAAAGAAACGCUGCAAGAUUCCAUCGACAACUGGAAGAAUCGCGAUCAGGAAGCCAACGCUGCUCUUGCGCUUCAUACAACCGAAGCGAACAAAUUGGCCAGCACCAACAAACCGCUUUGGUUUCAAUUCAACCGGCCCGGAAGUUCACAAAGCAGGGAGACUACAACCUCAACAACCACCACAGCGCCUUCUACCAUCAAAAGAGCAAACUACAAUGAAGACGACAACUACGAGACCAACACAAAUCAGUACUACAGCAAACCUUCGCCCUUGUUCUAUUCGGCAGCCGGCUCGACAGGAGACUCCAUGGAACACAGAGAAAUUGUAGACUACGACGAAUCAGAGACUGCUGGACCUUCGACCUACUCGACGGGCAACGCGCUAACGGAAUCCGGCGACUACGAAAUGGAAGACAACAAUAAACCAGUGACGCAAUCAGAAGAAAAUACGGCGACAACUCAUUCAGAAUCGGUGACGCCGCACAUUCACAUCAUUCCGUCAACUUCGCCGUCCGGCUAUGAUUUCGAUAUUGUAGCCAAUUUCGUCCAAGCCAUGAUGAUGAACAGCAACAGCAAAAUCAAAGAAAAUCCCAUUGUCGAUGGACCGGAGAAUAGGGAAGACGUAGACGGUGGCCCGGAGAAUAGAGAAGACAUGAUGGACGGUGGCCCGGAGCACAGGGAAGAUGUGGACGGGCCGGAGCACAGGGAAGAGUAUUAUUUAGUCAAAUCACCCUCAAUCGUCAACAGCUCGUAUCCGGGUGGACUUCGAGUCCCAACUACUGGCACGACUGUUAGUCUCUUCGCGGCCGAUCCCAUCAUGCCCAACUGGGGUGUUAAAAGCGAGAACGUCACCAACAGUCCAGUCACUUACGUUUCGCUCAAAGCACCACCUAACGUUAUGACUAGACCGUUCAAGACGACGACCAGUACGCAGCCAGCUUCAUCAUCUGCGGAUUACGACGACACUGAUCUCAUUGACGCUAGCGACUUACCCGACAGCUACGAUAAUAUCGGAGCGCCGCUUCAAUUUCACGAAGAUGAAACGGGCAUUACUUUUUUCGUCUCCAAAGAGGUUCCUGGUAAAACCACCACUCCUAUUUCGUCGACUAGUGGAUUGACGGAAAAAUACGCGACCACCAACAAGCCUUUACCUCAUUGGUUCAGCGACCCGUUCGAAGAUGGGCUUUUUGUCGGAUCGAGUACGGCCAGCACGUCCAGACCUUCAGUUCCGCCAACUACAAGCGUGUCAACUACAACUUCAAACACUCCACUUCCCAGCACUCAGUCUGGAACUAAACCAACUGUCCCGGCAACACGACCAUCCGGUCUCAGACCCAACGCCCAAUCCGGAAACCGACCAUCGUCGCCACUUCCAAACUUUCAGCCUGCAAACCAACCAGUGUUACAACCGUCCAAUAGUAAACCCAAUUCUCAACCUGGAAAUCGGCCGUCAGCACCUUUUUUCAACACACAGUCCAAUUUCCAGGCUGGAACUCGACCGCCUGCACCGGUAACUCCUCCUUUGCAGUUUAAUCGGCCACCUAAACCGAUAUCAACUCCACCAAAAGUUCAGUCCAGUCGACCAUCUUCAUUGCUGACUAUGGCCAGCUUUGCGGCGCCCAAUCGGCUGAAACCAACGGUUCCUCCACCUGUCGAUGUCUCAUCCAUCGGAGGAUCUCAGAACGUCAAAGUCACCGUGACGAAUCCGCCGACGUUGGAUUUGAGCACAUUAAGUGGAGACUCGUCGCUGGUGUCAGCCACUGUCGACAAGCACAACGUCUUGUCCAGCAUAAUCAAAGGAGCUGCAAGCAGCCCGUUACCGUCCAACGAUCAAUCAACUACCGGACCUAGUUUGGUGGAUAGCAACAGCGAGAUGAACAACGCGUUUGGAAUGUACAGCAGCGCUGCAUCGCCCAGCACCAACCGCCCGAUUACAACAACGACCAGCGUUGAAGAAGUGGUGGGCUCGACAGUGGAUAAUUUGACGACCCAAUUGGAGAUGAAUCGCACUAGCUAUGUAUCGACCAAACGGCCGAUUGGAGGACUUCAUUUUAUCAACACGUCAACGGACGUUGUCAUCCUCAGUCAAUUCGACGUCACGCCCAGUUCAAUAUUUUCUACGCCUGAUGAAGAGUCCAUGGAAGCUGAAGAAGACUACUCCAUCGAACCCUCUGACUCAAUAGUCGUCGAUGCAGCCGAAGGGAAUCAACCGGACUCGGUGCCGGUCGUUUCCAAUUUGGCAAACCUUUUCAUCGCAUCGUCCGGGAGCAGCGGCUCCGGCUCUUCUUCUUCUUCCGGCUCAUCUUCUUCCGGCGACUCGGUUAGCAGCGGAGGUGUCACCACUUCAACCACUGCAGCGUCAUUCGACCCCUUCGCCAUGUUCUACACUCUCGGCUUGGCUUCGGCCGGCAUUUUCGCCCUGACUUUGCCCAUUUGGGUUCCGAUUGUAGUCGCCAAAAAGCGGAGACGUACGGGCAAUUACGGGCCAACGAAAAACAAGGCGGAUAAGAAGAAGAAGAAGAAAUAUCCGGCCAAGAAAAAGAAGAAUUAUGCCUCAAUUAAAGGGACAUACGGAGAACCUCCACCAAAUCAUUACAAAGACCUCGACGACGAUUUAAAUUACAACGAUGAAGAUUAUUACCCUGCCGGUCCGGUGAAUAAACAUCAUCAGUAUCAAAGCACGACCAUUGACGAUUUGUACCGAGGGAACAGCCAAGACGAUUACCAAGACACGGACGCUGAACGCUAUUCUCCUUUAUUCCGUGAUCUGUUCUCGUCCAACUCGGACGACGUGCUCAGCGAUCCUGGGCCGCUCAGUUCAGAAGACAUUUACGGACCUUCUUCGCCAGCUACAUAUUACGACGAUCGGAAAGCAGCGCGGCGUCGACUCCCCAGCAAAUAGUUCAAGAAAUCAUCCAACCACCAACUUCAUUCAAUUCCGAAUUUCAAUCACACCUUUGCCUGUAAACCAGACGUCACCUUUUUUUAAAAAAAAAAAGAGUUUGCCGGCCCUUUUAACCCAAUAACAUAUCUUUAAAAGCACAAACGCCCG